AUGCCAAGCACAACAGGAUACUGCCCCAUAGAAGACUAUGGCCUAAUCGGCGACAUGCACACUGCCGCCCUGGUCAGCAAAUCUGGCAGCCUCGACUUCAUGUGCUGGCCCGUUUUCGAUUCGCCCUCUGUCUUCUGCCGCCUCCUCGACAAAUCCAAAGGCGGGUAUUUCUCCAUAACAGCGAACCCGGAAAGCGAUGCGUCCAGCAAGCAGAAAUACGUCCCCUAUACUAAUAUGCUGGAAACAAGAUGGAUGCAUGAAAACGGUGUUGUGCAUGUUCUUGAUUAUUUCCCCAUUGCAAACGGGCAAGAGGCGGCGCCGGAUAAUAUCCUCACUGGUGUCUGCCCGUGUUAUAGACGGUAUAAGGCAAAGUUUGAUGAUGCGUUGCAGUAUCGGCAUUCUGCGGUUAUGAGGACGGUGACUUGUGCGCGUGGGGAGUUGGAUAUGGAUGUUGAGCUUUUUCCGGCUUUUAACUAUGCGCGUGAUGGGCAUGAAGUUGUUGGUCAUCUGACUGGAGACGCAUUCGAUGAAGCCCAGACACAGUCUCUUCUGUUCAAGAGUGCGACCGAAUCUCUGCGGGUGGACAUACAUGCAGAUGUUGCCGACGAACGACAAAACAAAAUCCCAUCCUUCAAGAUCGAAUUGCAGAAUAAAGAAGGUCUAAAAGGACAGGGGCUGUAUGCCAAACUGCGACUCUCCAUUGGGCAGUCAGUGACUUUCAUCAUCCAUAACGACGAAAUCGCUGUUCCAGAAGACAACGUGGGAUCCUGGGUUAGCAAAAUCGAGAGGAACACAAUUGAUUUCUGGGCUAGCUGGACACGACAGUGCACGUAUACUGGGCACUACCGGGAACAGGUCUUGAGAAGCUUAUUGAUAUUAAAGCUGCUCACGUACAAGCCCACAGGAGCGAUUGUGGCGGCUCCAACCUUCUCACUACCAGAAGAUAUAGGAGGUUCCCGGAAUUGGGAUUAUCGCUUUUCAUGGGUCCGCGAUACGGCAUUCACACUGUAUGUGUUUCUAAAGAGCGGAUACACCGAAGAAGCCGAGCAAUACAUGAAUUUCACCUUCGACAACAUCCUCCCAUCAGCAGAAGCUCACGCAAAUAAUGAUCAAUUUCUCCCCAUCAUCUUGAGCAUACGAGGCGAUUCUACAAUUCCUGAAAUGGAACUAUCACACCUUGAGGGCUAUAGAGGUAGCAGCCCUGUCAGGAUAGGCAAUGCAGCAACCAUACACAUCCAGCAUGACAUCUAUGGUGCGCUAUUUGACAGUAUCUACCUCUAUAACAAGCACGUUGGUCCUAUUUCAUACGAUCAGUGGCGCACAAUCCGAAGCAUAGUCAACCGCGUUCGCAAGCUGCACAAAACACCCGACAUGUCGAUCUGGGAAGUCCGUGGUGAGAAACAGCACUUUGUAUACUCCAAGAUAAUGCUCUGGGUAACCUUCGACCGUGCGAUCCGACUCGCUGAGAAGCGCUCAAAUCUUCCAUGCCCCGAGCUCAUAGAAUGGCGCGCCACGCGCGAUGAGAUCUAUGAAGACGUGAUGGAGCAUGGUUAUAAUAUGGACGAGGGAUUCUUUUGCAUGAGUUAUGAGAACAAGAAGAUGAUGGAUGCUUCGGUGCUUAUUGCACCGCUUGUGUUUUUCACUGCGCCGGAUGAUCCUAGACUGCUGUCGACGAUAAAAAGGAUCUUGCAGACGCCCGAGGCUGGGGGAUUGACCACUGCGAAGAUGUUGCUCAGAUAUGAUCAUGCGAUAGCUCAUGAUGGACUCGAUGGCAAAGAAGGCGCCUUUAUCAUGGUCACAUUCUGGCUCGUCGAAGCCAUGGCACGAGCAUCCAUGGCAAAAUCCCAUAUACACGAAUACCCCCAUUUGAAGGAAUUGCGCAGGAAUGCCUUUUCCUACUUCGAGAAUUUGCUGAUGUUUGCCAACCAUCUGGGCAUGUUUUCCGAAGAGGUGAACCAUUCAGGCGAGCAGAUGGGAAAUACACCACAGGCUUUUAGCCAUAUUUCUUGUAUCAGUGCAGCGAUGAAUUUGAAGCGGUCAUAA